GUUCCUUAAUACUCCAGCUCCACGUACAGGACAAUGGAUUAUUGUUUUGGUUUAUCAUGACUUAAAAUUCAAUAUAUUACCUAUGGUUUUGACUCUGGCCUCGAAAUGGCAAUCGUUCAAGGUGAAGUUCAGUAUUCCAUUAUUGACCAAGGAGGAGUUCCUGAAUCUUAUAUAAAUGAUGAUAUUGAUGAUGAAAUGAAACUGGAAGGAUUUAAGUCAUCGACGAGUCGUUCAAUUCUAUAUUGGAUAUGCAUUUGCCUUUCUCUUGGAAUUUUAUAUUUAAUUUUCUAUUGGAAACCAAAUUUAAAAGUCAAGUUAAAAAUGGCCAGAUGUUGUCUAACUUCAGCGGAAGUAGUCAUUAUCACUAACAAUUACCGAACUAGUUUUGUAGAAAAAGUCCAAUUUCAAUUUAUCGAUUAUGGAGUUAAGAACUUCUCUUCGAACACUGAACCUAAAGAUCAAAUUUUAAGAUACUUUGAUCAUAAACACACCCGUUACUAUUGGGACGAAGAAUCUAAUUAUUUUACCGAAUUAAAAGGCCUAGACGAAGGUUAUACUUGUGCCUACAUCCACGAUAAUUGUAAUGGUUUGUCCGAUGAUCAUAGAAGAGACAAAUUAAGAGUUUUUGGAGAAAAUAGAAUAAAAAUAGAUGUUAAAAGUUAUUUUAAGCUUUUUAUUGAAGAAGUUUUGAAUCCAUUCUAUAUUUUUCAAAUAUUUUCCAUUUCUUUAUGGAUGGCUGAUGAAUAUUAUUAUUAUGCGUCAUGCAUAUGCCUUAUGUCUUUAAUAUCCAUUGGGAUAUCCCUUUAUGAAACAAGAAAGCAAAGUGAAACAUUGCGAGAUAUGGUUGGUAGUUCUGAAGGAUUCUUCAUAGAAAUUCUUAAUGAUGAAGGUCAUAAAGCAACUGUUGAUGUAACCACCCUAGUACCCGGUGAUGUUAUAAUUCUACCAAGGAAAGGAUUAGUUAUGACAUGUGAUGCUGUUCUUUUAACUGGUAACGCAAUAGUUAACGAAAGUAUGCUAACCGGUGAAUCUGUUCCCGUCACGAAAACUUCCUUAACGCCGUCAGAGGGAAACGAGCAAUAUUCUCCGGAAAAUCACAAGUUGCACACUCUUUUUGCUGGCUUUUCGACAGCGAAGGGAGAACUUAUCUGUUCUAUUCUAUUUCCAAAACCUGUUGGAUUUAAGUUCUAUCAAGAUAGUAUGAAAUUUAUUGGGGCGUUAGGCUGUCUGGCUGUCAUAGGAAUGGCCUAUAGCAUUUGGAAUUUGAUAUACUUAAAAGUUAAGUACGGCAAGGUUGUAAUUAGAGCUCUAGAUAUUGUGACAAUUGUUGUUCCACCUGGUUUACCAGCCGCUAUGACUAUCGGAACUAUUUAUUCACAAUCCAGAUUAAAAAAACAAAAUAUAUUUUGCAUUAGUCCAGCAAGAAUUAAUAUCUGCGGAAAAUUGAAAUUAAUAUGCUUUGAUAAAACUGGUACAUUAACCGAAGAUGGUCUUGACUUGUUUGGUGUACUUCCACUACAGGGAAAAUGCCUUGCCCUGUCCGUUAUGCAGCCAACUGAUUUACCUUCUCUAGGACCUUUUGUAAUAGCCAUGGCUACUUGCCAUUCCCUUACCAUUAUUGAUGGUAAAUUAACUGGAGAUCCACUUGAUUUAAACAUGUUUAAUUCUACUAAUUGGGUUCUUGAAGAAGCAGGAGCUGAUUCAUCAAAGUUUGAAACUCUUGCUCCAACUGUAGUUAGGCCAACAUCUCGUGAUGUUUAUUACGAAGCACAAGCAAAACUACCAUUUGAAGUUGGAAUUAUAAAACAAUUCGCCUUUUCGUCAUCUCUCCAGAGGAUGUCGGUAGUUACAAGAACUUUACGAGCUAGUCAUAUGGACUUGUAUUGUAAAGGAGCACCGGAAAAAAUCGCUUCUCUAUGUGAUCCAGCAACUGUUCCCGAGGAUUUCCAGGCACGUUUACAACAAUAUACAAAGAAAGGUUUUCGAGUUCUAGCGAUAGCUUGGAAAGCAUUAGAUAAAAAGGUAACUUGGCAUCAUGUUCAAAAGAUGUCUAGGGAAAAAUUGGAAUACGGUAUGAAGUUUCUGGGUCUAUUAAUAAUGGAAAAUAGACUUAAGCCUCAAACUACACCUGUUAUUACAAAACUUAAUAAGGCUGAUAUUAAAACUGUUAUGGUUACAGGUGAUAAUAUUUUAACAGCUUUAAGUGUUGCAAGACAAUGUGGUAUCGCACCGGGAAAACGACCAGUUAUUAUUGUAAAUGGCCAAUUAAAUCCGCCAAAUUUAACUUAUAAAUUCCACGAAAACGUAAGCAACGAAGAGUCCGAAGAUGGUAGUUCAAUAUUUGAAUCAGAUAUGGAACCUUUUUACCAUCUUGAAGAGGCAAAAUGUUCCGAUAGAAAAUAUUUAUUCGCCCUAUCAGGGAAAACUUACGCAAUAUUACGAGAAAAUUAUUCUGAAUUGUUAUCUCGAAUUAUUACUAGAGGAGCUGUUUUCGCAAGAAUGUCACCUGAGCAAAAGAGUCAACUAGUAGAAAAUUUUCAAAGUUUAGGGUAUACUGUGGGAUUUUGUGGUGAUGGUGCAAACGAUUGUUCUGCUCUAAAAAUGGCAAAUGCGGGAAUAUCAUUAUCAGACGCAGAAGCAUCUGUUGCUGCUCCUUUUACGUCGAAAACGCCUAAUAUCGAAUGUGUCCCAACUGUAAUAAGAGAGGGGAGAGCAGCUUUGGUAACGUCGUUUGGAACUUUUAAAUAUAUGGCCCUGUAUAGUAUUGUGCAAUUUGUAUCGGUUAUCAUAUUAUACUCUUUCAGUACAAAUAUGGGAGAUUUUCAAUUUCUUUACAUCGACCUAUUAAUUACGACGGUUGUUGCUAUUCUAAUGGGUCACACUGGAGCGUAUAGAGCUUUAGUUCAGAAGAGGCCUCUUGGCAGUCUCUUUUCAUCUGUUAACCUCCUUUCCGUUUUUCUUCAUAUUAUACUUGUAAUUGCUUUUCAAGUAACUGUUUUACUUUUCUUACAAGCUCAGCCAUGGUACGUCCGGGUGAAGCCUUCCCCUUCUGCAAAUGUAACAACUUGCUCAGAAACCUCAUUGAUAUUUUUAACAACUUCAUUUCAAUAUUUAAUUUUGGCGUUUAUCUUUUCCAAAGGGAGGCCUUAUAGACUACCAAUUUGGACAAAUCUUCCAUUCACUAUCGCACUUAUACUCUUAACUAGUCUAUCAACUUUUUUAUUAAUAUAUCCUCCAAAGUUUUUGGCAAAAUUCCUUCAGAUAACAAAUCUCCCUGGAAUGACAUUCAAAUUAACAUUAAUGGGAAUAAUAGGAAUAUAUUUUUUGAUGGCACUUUUUGUAGAAGAGUUUUUAAUAACUAGCUGCUGCAUUAAGAGAUUUUUGAAAUGUGGACGAAAGCAUGGCAAAAAGAAUAUUUAUAAAACUAUUGAAUUAGACCUAAAAAUGGAUACUAAUUGGCCUCCACUUGAAAUUGAUUAA